AUGGCACAAACGUUUAAUGGAAAACCAGGAGACCUGAUUGAGAUCAGACGUUGGGGCUAUAAGCACUGGGCCGUCUACAUCGGAGAGAAUGAAGUGGUUCAUUUAGUUAGAGACGGUGGUCGGCUUCUGAGCGCCAAAGCAGAGGUGAAGCGUGAGGAGCUAACCAACGUGGCCUCAAUUCAUCAUCUCCAGGUCAACAAUCUGCUGGAUGAACGGUACGAGGCUCGUGACCCUUCUGUCAUAGUGAAGGAGGCCUGUGAGAUGGUGGGCAAGGUGCUUACGUACGGUGUUGUCACUAACAACAGCAAGGACUUCGCUAUCGACCUGCGAUACAGCAAGGCAACGUCUCUGCAGAUAAAUUAG